AUGGCUGGUGUGGGCAAAGGAUUGGACUUUGAAGACUUGCUGCCGGUGAUGGCCAACAAGCUAGGUGGGGAAGGUUUGAUAAAAGAGCUUUGUAAUGGGUUUGAGUUGUUGAUGGACAAAGAGAAAGGGGUGAUAACGUUGGAGAGCUUGAAGAGAAACGCUUCUCUACUGGGUCUGCAGGAUUUGAAGGAGGAUGAACUCGUGAGCAUGAUGAGAGAAGGAGAUCUUGAUGGAGAUGGGGCACUUACUCAGAUGGAGUUCUGUGUUUUGAUGUUCAGGUUGAGCCCUGACUUGAUGGAAGAAUCAUGGUUUUGGCUUGAAGAGACUCUCCAACAUGAACUCAACAACAACAUCAACAAUUCUUCAAUCUAG